AUGCGCUUAUUAGAAUGCAAUAGCGAAGAGCAGUUCGUUCUGGUCAGAAAUUUUGAUGACAGUCAUGUUCCAGACUACGCUAUCCUAUCGCAUACGUGGGGGGCAGAGACAGACGAGCUCACCUUCCAAGACCUCCUGAACGGUACCGGACAGGGAAAAUCAGGUUACAGAAAACUUCAAUUCUGUGGGGAACAAGCUAAACGCGAUGGUUUGCGAUACUUCUGGGUGGAUACUUGCUGCAUCGACAAAACGAGCAGUGCCGAACUCCAAAAGGCUAUCAACUUUAUGUUUCGGUGGUAUAAAAAUGCUGAAAAAUGCUAUGUAUAUUUAUCAGAUGUUUCAGUCAAAAAUUACGAGCAGUCUAAUGUCUUCUCGUGGCUGCCAUCUUUUCGGGAAAGUCGAUGGUUUACCCGCGGAUGGACACUACAAGAGCUCAUUGCUCCGCCGUCAGUUCAAUUCUUUUGCUCGAAUGGAACACUACUCGGCGACAGGAAAUCAUUACAACAAGAAAUUUAUGAAGUCACAGGAGUUGAUAUUUCGGUUCUCCAAGGAAAGAAUUUGUCUGAAUUCAGCAUUGAACAGCGAUUGUCAUGGGCAGAAAAUCGCCAGACGAAGUAUGAAGAAGACAGAGCUUAUUCAUUGUUGGGAAUCUUUGAUGUUUAUAUGCCACAUCUCUAUGGCGAAGGAUCAGAAAAUUCGUUUAGGAGGCUUCAAGAAGAGAUUGAAAAACGCGCAAAGAAACGCACUCUUGAUGACUCUUCAGUCCUUUCUGCUGCUGGUUCCAACUCCACAAAAAGAUCGAAAAUCUCACAUGAUCAAUCUUCCAUUCACCUUUCUCGCCCUCAAACUGUGGAAGGCCCCGAAAGAAUUUUCGAGGAUAACAUGCAUGAGAUUGAUACAAUCACGAGACAAUCUAUUAUAGAUCAACUAUACUUUCCCAAAAUCGAUGAGCGCCUAACGAGUUUGGCUGCUGCCCAAGGAACAACAUGCCGUUGGUUUCUUACCAAGUCGGAAUACCUUUCAUGGAACGAUGUUUCAAAACGGCAAGAUCAUGAAGGAUUUCUUUGGAUCAAAGGAAACCCCGGUACCGGGAAGUCAACUUUGAUGAAAUUACUCUUCGAGGAGGCUAAGCUUAAGGCAAAAGGCGAUUCCUUAAAAAUCACGUUAUCGUUCUUUUUUCUGGCACGGGGUACGAUUGAAGAGAGAACAACUACUGGCUUAUAUCGCUCUCUUUUGCACCAGCUUUUCGAAAAGAUGAUAGAGCUUAGAGAUAGCUUGGAGUGGAUGACAGCCGAUGGCGCGAGAGGCAUUGAAAGAAAUGGUUGGAGUGAAGCAGCAUUAAAGCAGACGUUGAAGCAUGCUGUAGCAAAAAUUGGAAGCAGAUCACUGAUGAUAUUUGUUGAUGCGUUGGAUGAAUGCGAUCAGAAGCAAGCAAGCGGAAUGGUAUCGUUUUUUGAGGAAUUGUGUGAGCUUGCAGAAGUUUCGCAAGUUAGCUUGCAAAUAUGCUUUUCUAGUCGACACUACCCCACUAUAGUCAUCCAGAAGGGUAUGGAAAUUACUCUAGAAGAUGAACUUGGGCAUAUAGAAGAUAUUCAGCACUAUAUCAAGUCGAAAUUAAGGCUAGGCAAAUCCAAACAAGCCGAAGCACUUCGGUCCGAAAUCCUACAAAAGUCUUCCGGCAUUUUUCUCUGGGUCGUCUUAGUUCUUGACAUCCUCAAUUCUGAGUAUACAUCUGGCUCUAUUUCUACUAAGAAAAUCAGUGAGCGCCUCAACGAAAUUCCACCAGGACUAAACGAUUUGUUUGAAAUGAUCCUUGAGCGGGAUGGAGAGAACCUCGAAGAACUACAAAUUUGUCUGAAAUUAAUUUUAUUUGCAAAUCGUCCCUUGAAACCACAAGAACUCUAUUUUGCAACUCAAAUCGGUCUUGAAGAUUGCACGGGCUUUUGGGACCAGGAAGAUGUCAAUAUUGACCAAAUGAAAUUAUUUGUGAGGAGCUCCUCCAAAGGGUUGGCUGAGGUGACGAAAAACAAAGCUUCAGAUGUACAGUUUAUCCACGAGUCUGUUAGGGACUUUUUGUUGGGUAGAUACGAGACUCAACUGUCUGGAAUUCCCGGAAACUUUGUCGGCCAUGGGCAUGACAAGUUGAAGAAUUGUUGCUUGGCUCAACUAAACACUGUCAUCAACCCAAAGGUUAUAAAACACUUCAACUUUAGCGAACCAAACUUCUGGGAAUGUCGCAACAUGAAAUAUCCGUUUGUGAAUACAGCACAUCCUGAAUCGGGCAUCCCACCCGCGCAACGUUCCAAGGAAGCGCAGUCGAAGUUUCAAGAGGAAAUAAAAUUGAGAUUUCCAUUUCUCGAUUACUCAGUGUCCAACAUCCUGUGUCACGCCAAUCUUGCUCAACAAAAUUACAUAGAGCAGGCAGACUUUCUAGAAAACUUUCCCACUCGUCUAUGGGUAUUCGUGAACAACUGUUUCGAGAAUCACGAAAUUCGACGAUAUACGGACUCCGUAACCAUUCUCUACCUCCUGGCAGAAAGAAAUUUAGCCAACCUCAUUCGAACACGUCCCAGAAAGGAGUCUUGCUUUGAUGUAACAGAGCAACGGUAUGGACCAUCAAUUCUUGCUGCUCUGGCUACUGGGAGCGAUGAAGCUGCUCAGACGCUCCUUAAAAUCGAAGCUGAAAUAUAUCCCUCAAACUCUCUACUGCAUGACUUGUGCAAAACAUAUCACCCAAAAAAUAACAAAAAUGUCAAGCUUGGACGCAGCUUCACUUACACACACAAAAAAGAUCUUGUUUUUCAGCUUUCACAGUACGAUCAGGAGAUACCACUCGUUUUUAAACUAAAUUUGGACGAGAGUUGGUUUGAUCCGAAUCUGACCGGUCGUGGCAAGACCUUGCUGAUAGAGGCUGUUGAAAGAAAUCUUUGCAUUGUCGCCACAUAUUUGUUAGAGAUGGGUAUCGAUGCAAAUUGCAUAAAGGAAGUUGGUAAGGCAUCACUUCUGGAGGAAGCUGUGAGAAGGGGACAUGCGAAUAUGGUCAAAGUGCUAUUAGAGAAAGGCGCUGAGACUGAGCACGGAAGAAUCGAAAAUAUAACGCCUCUGAUGAUUACCGUCAUUCAUGGAGACGUUAAUUUGGCGAAGCUGUUAUUGGAGUAUGGCGCUGAUAUUGAUUGUCGGAACUCGAGCCAUGAAACACCCUUGGUAAUAGCCAUGUACAAAGGACAUUUAGAUAUGAUCAAAUUGCUAUUGGAGCAUGGCGCUGAUAUUAAUUGUCGGGACUCGACCAAUCAAACACCUUUGAUGAUGGCUGCUUUCCAAGGAAACUUAGAAACAGUCAAAUUACUGUUGGAGAAAGGCGCUGAGAUUGAUUACGGAGGGUCCGAGAAUAACACACCUCUGAUGAUUGCUGUUGAUUAUAAACUUGUCAUCAUUGCCAAGUUAUUAUUGGAAGAAGGCGCUGAGGUUAACAUUAAAACAGGAGUCAAUAACACACCCUUGAUGCAAGCUAGUCGGGCUGGAUGCCUGGACAUGGUCAAGUUGUUAUUGAAGAAAGGCGCUAAGGUUGAUUAUCGAGGCCAGAAUAAUCGAACGCCUCUAAUGAUCGCUGCCCUUCAUGGACACAAGGAUGUAGUUGAAUUGUUAUUAGAAAAUGACGCGGAAGUCAAUUGUGUUGAUUUUAGUGACGAAACGCCCUUGGUGAAUGCUGCUGCUGGUGGAAAUAUGAGUAUACUGAGCUUGUUAUUAGGUAAAGGUGCCAAGUUUGAUUGUAAAGAAAAGGGGUUUGCGUCAGCGCUGUUCUCAAAUUCGCGAUACGGAGGCGAAGAAAUGGUUGAGUUUCUUUUACAGAAUGGCAUGGAUCCGAAUCUAAGACAUAGCAUGCCAGGGUAUCAAGGCUGGACGCCGCUAUUUCACGCUGCUAGCAAUGGUCACAAGACAAUAGUUGAAUUAUUACUGAAAAAUGGUGCUGAGAUCGACGCGAAAUGCGACAGUGGUUUGACACCAUUGUAUGAAGCUGGUUCUCAGGGACACAUGACUGUUGUGAAGUUAUUGUUAGAGAAAGGUGGCAAAGUAGAUUUACUGACAAAAUUUGGCUAUAGCCUGCUCUCAAGAGCUGCUUAUGGGGGGCACGAAGCUGUGGCUGUAAUUCUUUUGAAGCAAAGCGCUUAUACUGAGACGGAGAACAAAGACAACAAUGGGUUAUUGCUAAAGGCUGUUGAAAAUGCUAUUCAAGGUGGAAAGCUAGCUAUGCUGAAACUAUUGUUGGAAAAGCUUCCCAACAUUAAUCAAAAGGAUGAAAAAGGCCAGACGCCGUUGUUCUGGGCUAUUAGAUAUAGGCAUGAAGAUAUGGUCAGGUUAUUAAUUGAAGAGGGUGCCAGCAUAGAAUCGAAAGACAGCCAUGGUUACACACCAUUGAUGUAUUACCUUCUUCAUGCACAGCCUUCUAUGCCCAUUGUCAAGAUAUUCCUAGACUACGGUGCUGACAUCAACGCUGAACAUUAUAAAGGCCCAACACCACUUUCCAUAAUUAAGAAGAAUCAUGCUUUGGCUGGUCUGUUGGAAACAGAGAUGACUGGCAUCGAGAUUGACCGCUGA